UAUGUCACCAACCGUUUUUCGUUUGAGAGUUAAAUUUUAGUUACUACUUACUUUAUUUUAUUUUAUUAUAAAACUACAAAAGCAUGAUGUACAUUUACUUAACCUUAGCAUCGCCAGUCAACUCGCUAUGAAUGCAAUAUUGUUUUUUAUGAAUACAUUCAAUUAAAAAGCGAAUGGAAAUUAAGUAUGUCAUCUAGUUCACAAAAACGCAAGGCUUCGGGCCCCGAUUGCUAUACGGAUAACGUAUGGAAACGAACCAAAGGAACAGUAAUUGAUAAAUUGCAACGUUCUGUACCAUUUAAUUUUUUUUUGUCUUCCGUUGACUCUGAUCCGACAACACACGAUGAAGAUUUAACUUUAUCAUUCCCAGAACUUUUAGACAAAAGCUUAGGAGAUUUAACAGAAUCACUUCAUAUCAACUUUAUGGUGCAACUCGGUUGGCUCUUUGCACAAUACUUCCUUACUGAACAAAGAGGGAAAACAGUUUCACUGUUAUACGAACACUGUGAUGAAGAUUUAGAUGCUCUAAAAGCCAUGAAGAAAAUUCCAAAUUUAAGAUACACAAAAGUUAAACCUCAAAGCGCCUUUGGACAUCAUCAUACUAAGUUAUCAAUGUUUGCAUAUUCUGAUGGAUCUGUACGUGUUGUAGUAAUGACUGCAAAUUUACGGGAGGAAGACUGGACUAACUUAACUCAAGGAAUUUGGGUCAGCCCAAAAUUUCCUUUACUGCAAGAUAGCGAUAAACAUAAUGGAGAUUCCCUAACUGGUUUCAAAAAUGAUAUUUUGCGAUAUUUUCGUUCAUACAAUUUGCGGUUAUUAGAUUCGUGGAUAGAUAAAAUACAGAAAUGUGACUUCAGAAGUGCUAAUGUAUUUUUCAUAUCGAGUAUCCCUGGCAAGCACUAUGAACCGAUGUGGGGUCAGACUUAUUUGAGAAAUAUUUUAAAAACGCAUGCACAUAUACCGUCAGGAUCUCCAUCAGACUGGCCUAUAAUUUCGCAGUGUUCUUCAAUAGGAUCGUUAGGCGCUAGCGAAAAAGAUUGGCUGACUUCAGAAUUCAUAUAUAAUUUAUCUUCAUCUACCCACAGUGAUAAAACGAAAAAAUGUAGUCCGUUCAGUUUGAUUUAUCCAACAUUAAACAAUGUUUUAGACAGUUGGGAUGGACCUUUGGGUGGUUUCUGUUUACCAUACAGUGACAAUGUCCACAAAAAUCAGACUUGGCUUAAAAAUUAUAUGUGUAAGUGGAGAAGUCAUUCGCGAAACCGAACAAGAGCCGUACCUCACAUUAAGUCAUAUUGCCGAGUGUCGCCCUGUUGUACUGAAAUGUCCUGGUUUCUAUUGACUAGCGCUAAUUUAUCGAAAGCGGCUUGGGGCAGAGAAACUAAAUCUGAUCGUUGCAAUUAUAUUAUGUCACAAGAAGUUGGCGUUCUUUUCUUACCUCAAUUUUUGAUUGGAUGUGAUACAUUUCCAUUGGAUAAGACACAACAUGGAAGAACAAUACCAUUUCCGCUACCAUUUGACUUGCCGUUAACUCCAUACUCGAUAAACGAUCAACCAUGGCGAGCAGAUGUAAUACCAUAACGGGACAUUUAUAAAAUAUAAUUCAUUUGUAUACGUUAUACAUUUUUUGCCUACAAUACAUUAUCUUUGAAUGCGAUCAAUAUAAUAUAUAUAUAAAUAGAAUUUUUUUAUUUUUGGAAAUCAUUUUUACAACAUUCUUUCAAUCAAAUUUAUCAAUUUAUAUGGUUACUGUAUAUAUGUUUU